AUGGUAAAGCGUCUUAAAGGAGUUAAAAGCGUGUUUGACAUCAAAAAAUGGGAAUCAUAAAGAAAAUAAGUUCAAUAAUAUCUCGACCUUAUGACAGAAUAUCCUACUAUUAGGAGAGGAUAGAGAAAUUAGAAAAAUAGCAUAUCAAAUACGUCUGAAAAUAGUGCUAAUAUCCCAAAUACUUAAAGAAAUCAAUUGUAUUCUGGACACAAAAACUCAGAAAGUGCAACAAAUAGCAAAAAAGAAGAUUUGUAUUUUUAGAAUAUGUCAUCCUAGUAGUCAGUUUCGCCAAAAAAAUAGUUAUUUGAAUUGCAAGGUGGUUCAUUUGCUAGGGUUAUUUAAAAAAGGCAAAUACUAUUCAGAAAACCUUUUUAAAUAUAAGAAAAGGUUUAUUUUAUAGAGAUUAAGACUGAGGAAGAGAAAUUCAUGAUUGAUGCAGAAGAUAUUAAUAAAAAGAAGUUCCAUUAUGAAAUGCCUAUAAGCAAAGGAAUUGAUUUAAUUAAGAACGAAUUUAGUGAAGACAUUGAACUUCUUGUACAAAAAAUAAGAAUUGAUGAAAAAGAAAAUAAGAUCAUCAUUUUAAGAAAGAGAAAACCUCUAGAGAUUUCUGCUGAAAAUGCAGAUAAAAGAAACCAAAAAAGAAAUGAAUUAGCUAUAAAAAAUAGAAUAAACUACCCAUAAAAGUAUGAAGAAUAAGAAGGCUAAUAGAUUUAAAAGUCUGUGUCACUUCCUAAAUACUUACAACCCAAGAAAAACUUUUAGGAUGCAAAUUAAAAAGAUGGUUAAUAAGAAAUGAAAUAUAAAUAGAAAGAAAAACAAAAAGGUUUAGUUGGUAAUCAACUUUCGUUCCAAGAAUAAAAAAAUAAAAAAAAUUCUAAAUCAUCUCAAAACAUAAUCAUAAAUACAAAUUAAAACAGUAAAAAUAAUUCAAAUAUAAACUAGAAAGCUUAAGAUGCAAGAAAUGAUUAUGUAAAUAAAAAUGAUCAAGAAGAAGUAUAAGAAGAAAACUAUAGUUUUGAUGAAGAAUUUGACGAAGGUUAAGAUGCUAAUAAAAAAGUAAUUAACGAAGACAAAUAAAAGUCUAAUAAUGUUGAAGUAAAUAAUGAAGAGUUUGAAGUUAGUGAUGAAGAUUAAAAGGUGCCUUAAAAGUAGGACUAAUAAAAACUUUAGUAAGAAAAUAAAAAUGAAAAAUAAGAUUAGAAACAAGAAGAAGAAAAUUAUGAUUUAUCUUUUGAAGAAGAGGAAGUCAAAGAUUAAGGUUAGUAAAAUAAUGAUAAGUAAAUUAUUUCUGAGAAGUAAUAAUAAAUUAAAGUUUAAAGCAAUUCAAAAGCACAAUAGAGUAAUCAAGAUCAUAAAUCAUAAAAAUAGGAGCAAGCUAAUAAUAAAAAAACUUAAUCUAACCAAGUAAAUUCAAAGUUAUAACAAUAAUAGUAAUAACCACAAAAAGAAACACAAAUCAAUAAAAAUAAUGCAAAAUAAACAUAGUCUAAUCAAUAAUUUAAUACUAAAAUUUCUGAAUAAAACAACAACAACAAACCAAAGCAAAAUAAUUAACAGCAAAAUAAAAUUUUAAAUGAGAAUAUCAAAGACAAAAAAUAAUAAGAUUUAAUUCCAAAAAAAUAAACGUAAGCUCAGCAGUAGUAAAAUUCUUAGAAAGCAAGCGAUUAGAAAUAACUAAAAGUAGACUCAAAGCUAAAUCAAAAUGAUAAAAAAUAACAAAUUUAAUAGCCAAAAAAUCAAAAUAUGGUCACAUAAUAAAAUAAUAAGUCUAAGUAGAUUUCAUAAUAAGAAUAAUUGAUUUAAAAUAAUAAAAAGUAAGAAAGCUAAAAUUAAUAGUAAUCUAUUACAAAUGGUAACAACAAGUAAAAAAGCUAAUAAGAUAUUUAAUAAGAAGAUUAUAAUCUUGAUGAGUUUGAUCAAGAAUUAGUAGAAGAAAAAACAGUUUAAAAUCAAGCAUAAAAUUAGAAAGAACUGGAUAAAGCUUAAAAAGAAGAAAUUUAAGAUGAAUAAAUAGAAUAUAAUGAGGAAUUUGAUGAAGAAGAUGAUAAUAUGAAACCUUAAAAAAAGUCUUAAUUAGAAGAAAAGAAACAAUUAGAUGAAGAAAUCGAAUAUGAUCAAAAUAAUGAGAGCAAAUUAAUAAGUUCAUAGAAUUAUAAAAAGUAAUAAAACGCCUAAGAAGAUGAUGAUUUGGAGUAUUCAUAAACUUAAACAUAAAAUGUUGUAGAAAGUUAAAUAAUGCAAAAUCACCAAAAGAAACAACAACCAAAUAAAAACUAGUAGAACAAAUCAAAUUUCUUCAAUGAUUCUGAAAUAGAAUAAGAUAUGAAUGAAAUCGAAAACGAAACUAAAUAUUUAGGUAAAAACUUAUAAGAGAAUAAUUAAAAAGCAUAAAAGGAGGAAACGAUAAAAGCGGAUCACAUUAAGUAGGAAGAAACUUAAGAUUAAGGCAAUAAAUAGAUAUAAAAAGAGAAUUAAAAACAUAGCUAAAAGUUGGAAAAUCAUGAGGAAAUUGAGCAAAUACAUGAAAAUAAAUCUUAAGAAGACCAUCAUAAAACUAAAUAAGCUGAAAAUCAUCACCAAUAACAAGAAUUAAAAAUUAAAGAUGAAAUGAAAGAAAAUUAAAUAAAUCAUGAAUAGCAUAAAUAAUUAAAAACUGAGGAAAAAAAUUAAAAAUCACAUAAUGAAUUAGAUGUUAUCUAGCACUCUCAUUUGUAAGAUACAUAAAAAAAAGACUUGUAAAAUAGUGAUAAGAGCUAGAAUAAUUAGAAAUCAUAAAAUGAAAUAAAAACUGAAUAGUAAAUUAAAUUAGAUGAAAAAUCUUAUAAUUAGUUAAAUGACAUUGAUUAGCUGGAAAAAUCUCAUAAAGAAAUAAAAACUGAGAAUAACUUAAAUCAUGAUAACUAAUAAUCUUAAAAUGAAAAUACUCGAAGUAAGAAAAAUCAAAAAUCUAGUAAUCAUUUAAAGAGUGAAGUUUUUGACAAUUAAAAAGAUAACAACCAUAAUGAGGAUAUAAAUAACAAAGAUAAUAAAAAAUCAAACAAGUAGCUUGAAAGUAAUUUAGAUAUUUCUCAUAACUCAAAAUCUCAUCAUGAAAUUAACCAAACUUAGCAUAAUUUAGGAUCCCAUUAAUAGCUUUAAAAAGAGGAUGAUACAAAUUUAAAUGACUAGCAAAACCAUAAUAAAAAUACUUAAAACAUUUCAGGUCAUAAUUAUUCUCUGUAGGAAAUAAAAAGUGAUUUACAUCUUAAUGAAGAUUAAAAAUCUCAAAAUUAAAUCCAUGAGAAAUCUAAUAACAUGAAAUCUCAAAAUUAAAUCAAUUAGAAGUCUCAUAAUGAUAACAACACUUAAAAUAAAAUUAAUGAGAAGUCUUAAAACUAAAUUAACUAGCAGUCUCAAGCUUAAAUAAACGAUCAUUAUUUAUAACCACACUCGAAAUCUAUUAUAGAAGAGAAGUAAGAUAAAGAUAAACAAAAAUCAGUUAGUUAAAUAAAAUAAAGUUAGCAUAGCCAUUAAUCUUUAAAUGAAAUUGAUAACGAUCAUCAACCAACAGAGUAAAAAUAAAAAUCUCAUAACAAAGUAUCACACAAUGAUAUAUCUUAAUCUUAAUUAGAAUUAGAUAACAAUAUGAAUAACAACUAAAAAAAAUCUUAAAAUGAACUGGAUAAGAUUUAGAAGCAAUCUCAUAAUGAAAUAGAGGCUAAUAUAAAAUACGAAGAAGAAAAUAAGAAAAAUGAAGCUCAUUCGAUUUAAAAAAGUUAAAAUGAAAUUUAAACAGUUCACGAAAAUUCUAAGAACAAAAAUAUCUCUAAUAAUGAUGUAAAGAAUGAAAGCUAAAAGUCACUAGAAAAUAUUGAACAUGAACAUGAUCAUAAAUAGUAACAAAAAGAUAAAAAAUAAGUAGAAUAGCAAAACAGUUUUGAAGUAGUAAAUGAAUGA